AUGUUGAAUGACCCAUCCCUUCCCUCCGUGGCUCUGCUUCACGACAUUCGUCAGUCAGCCGAGCUGCUCGAUUUGAGGUCAGGCGUUAUCUCCGGGCUGGCUUCCACGCCCAAGCGAAUACCAUCCCUUCUCCUCUGGGACGACCAAGGGCUCCUGAACUUCGAAGCCUGGACCAAGAGUCCAGCAUACUAUCCCAAGAACCGGGAGCUCGAAAUCCUGCACAACAACAGACACGAAAUUGCGCGCAGACUACCAGACCGGUUUGUGCUUAUUGAGUUGGGCUGCGGAAAUCUCAUCAAAACGGCGUCCAUUCUCUCCGCGCUUGAAAAAGACCGUCAGGAGGUACACUACUAUGCGCUGGAUGUCUCUUCGGACGCACUUCGCAAGAGCCUCGGUGCCCUGAAAGAGCAAUUCAAGGACGCUAAAAACAUCCAUGUCUCGGGGCUCAUCGGUACCUACGAGGACUGCGCAGACUGGCUCGCUAGUUCCUUGCCCGCUUUAACCGUGACGUUCUUGUGGAUUGGCAACAGCAUCGCGAAUCUACGACAACAAGACGCCAGCAUUCUAAUGGGCAAAUUCCGCCAAGCAUGCCUCAGGAUCUCUGCCGAAUGCAACUUCCUGAUCUCAGCAGACGGCUGCGCAGUCGAGGAGAGGCUGCUGAAAGCAUAUUCCCCUAACGAGCAACCAUCGCGAACCUUUCUAUUUCACGGCCUACACCAUGCUAACCGGUUACUGGGACGAAAUGCCUUCGACAAGAAUGACUGGGAUUGCAUUUGUGAGUACGAGAAGGAACAAAAUGAGCUGCAUUUUAGUUACUCCCCGAAGCGGGACUUGGAGCUGGACAUUGGGCUCUUUAGUGUUGAGUUUACGAAGGACGAGAAAGUGCCCUAUUUCAUGAGUGGAAAGUGGAGCGAGAGCCAGGUGAGUGCAAUUGCUGAGAAUGCGGGCUUUCAUGUUGGGGAUGUGUGGAGAGAUGUGCAAGAUGAAUAUAGAUUUUAUCUUUUACGGGGGAUCUGA